AAAUGGUGCAGAAGAGUCACAGAAAUGGGACCUCGAAAGGGGAAGGAAAAGAAGGAAGAACAGGUCAUUAGCCUUGGACCUCAGGUGGCUGAAGGAGAAAAUGUGUCUGGUGUCUGCCACAUCUUUGCAUCCUUUAUUUUUUUUUUUGUCCAUGUCACUGAUCUUUCUGGCAAGAAAACCAUCUGCCGUGUGACUGCAGAUGAGAUGAAGGUGAAGGUGGACCGAGAUGAGUCCUUUCCGUAUGCUGCCAUGUUGGCUGCCCAGGAUGUGGCCCAGUGGUGCCAGUUGUUGGGCAUCACUGCUCUCCGCAUCAAACUCUGGGCUACAGGAGGAAAUCAGACCAAGAUUCCUGGACCUGGGGCGCAGUCAGCCCUUAGAGCCCAUGCACGCUCAGGAAUGAAGAUUGGGAGGAUCGAGGAUGUCACCCCCAUCCAAUCCGACAGCACCUGCAGAAAGGGGGGUCGCCGUGGUCACCAUCUGUGA